AUGGCGUCGCUCGCCACAACUUUGCAGAAUUUCCAGAAAAGCAACUAUCAGUCUCUCAGGAUUGGAGCCCGCGUGAUCAAAUCAAUUUCAGGUGUUCUAAUCAAGAAAUUCAAUUUCAGGGCAAAACCCACUCCUGGUUCCACACUACCAGGCGCUGAUACGCAAUCGGUGAACUACAAGAGCGACUCAAAAGUGGAACUCAAGAAAGCAACGGUUGUGUCAAAAAGUUUGAACAUUAAGGGCUUGGAGAACGAGAGUGGACUGAUCUAG